AUGGGAACAGGAGAGGAGGGCGGAGGGGUUCAGAGCGAGGAGGACGGAGAGAGGAACAAUUUUCUGGCAGCACAGAACCUGGGAGGGAGCAGCAAAGCUUUCAGCAAGAACAACACGGAUGUUACUGGAGACGGGGAUUUCAGCAGCAGCAGGAAGGGGAUCGUAAACGACGCCUCUGCUGCUCUUGCCGCUGCUUCUGGCUAUGUGAUCAAAGCUGCUUCGGCAAUGGGUUUGAAGAGCCAGAGCACUGUAGGGGCAGGUGAAACUUUCGCUCGGGGUGUUCGGCCAAUCAUACACGAGGGACGGCCGUUGAUUCCAGAGCUGAAGCGACCCAUCUGGGAAAAACCGCCGCCCGGCGGGAAGGUUCCUGGAAAGGAGGAGUUUGCGCUACGGCGUGAAAUGGUUGAGUUCAGAGCGGAAAAGAACGUGGUGGUGGUAACUUUCGCCAACCAUGCUUUUUUGGAUUUUGUGCUGAACUGGGUGAAGCACCUGACGGAACUGGGAGUGACCAACAUCCUUAUAGGUGCCAUGGACCCUACCAUUUUGGAAGCACUCUACCGGGAGGGCGUGCCUGUGUUUGACCUGGAGAGCGGCAUGAGCCCAGAGGACAGCGGGUGGGGCACGCCGGUGUUCCAUGCCAUGGGGCGCGAGAAGGUCACUCUGGUCAACGUGUUCCUCUCCAUGGGGUUUGAAUUGCUCAUAUGCGACACCGACACUGUUUGGUUACGGAACCCUCUGCCUUUCAUCGCGCGCUACCCAACAGCAGACGUCCUCACGUCCAGCGACCAUCUUGUCCGAUCAGUUGAUGACGAGUCUUUGGAGAAGUGGCAGCAAGCACAGAGCGCGUACAACAUCGGCAUUCUGCACUUCCGCCCCACCGACCCGGCCAAGCGGUUAGCUCGAGCAUGGGCAGAACUUUUAGCCACUGACGCCACGAUAUGGGACCAGAACGGGUUCAACGAGCUCAUGCGGAAGCACAUGGGGCCGGACGUGGAUGCUGCUGCUGGCGACCAUCUGUUCUGGGCGUUCGACGGCAGCCUGAAGCUGGGGAUCCUCCCAGUGUCUAUCUUCUGCUCGGGCCACACCUUCUUUGUUCAGCAUCUGCACAAGGUGGUGGGUCUAGAACCGUAUGCUCUGCAUGCCACUUUCCAGUUUGCUGGCACUCCAGGCAAGCGCCACCGCUUCCGAGAGGCCAUGGCCUUCUACGACCCUCCAGAGUACUACGACCCGCCAGGUGGCAUCGUCUCAUUCGUCAAUGACAUUCCCGAGGAGCUGCUGACGGGCGGCGAUCACACGCUCUCCACGCACUUCCACCUGGUCAACUAUCAACUGCAAAGCAUUCGGGGUGCUCUGGCUAUCGCCCUCAUUCUGAAUCGAACCCUCGUCAUGCCAAGCACAUGGGCUCGGUUCGAUCGCAUCUGGUACCCCCAUAGGGGCAUCCUCGAUAACACUGCAACGCCACAGCCAUUCCUCUGCCCGCUCGACCAUAUUCUCAAUGUGGACAGGAUGCUUCCCGGGAAGCUUCCAGAAGAGGAGUUCGGGCCAGCAAUACCCUUUCGAGAGUACUCUUUCCUUGACAACCCUCGUGUCCCUAACGAGCUCCGAGCCUCCAAGCUCUCUGUGCGUAUCUGCAAUGACACUGUUCCUGAUUGCCCCACGGGAACGGACAGACAGGAUCUUCCCAGAGCUCACACACUCGAUCUGGUGCUGAGGAGAGGCGUACGAGAGAAGCAGUUGAGGGAGGCAUUAUCACGGAUUUCAGAUGUGAAGUGGAUCGAGUUCAGUUCUUUGCACGAUGUGUUUGGCGGAUGGGAUGACAAGAUGGAGAUUGCGGCAUUACACGGGCAUCUGGUGCUGCGUGCAUGCCCAUCCAGGCCAUAUUUACUACAACUUCUUCUGGGAUGA